AUGGGGCCCUUUGCAGGUGACAGGGGUCCCCAAAGGCUAAGCAGGCCCAGCUAUGACUCCAUCUCCAGCCCACCCAGCACAGGGCCAGAGCAAGCGCCCUCUGAAGCGACCUACCUGAGAGAGAAGAUCUCCAUUCCAGACACAAAACCGGGCACGUUCAGCCUGAGGAAGCUGUGGGCCUUCACGGGGCCCGGCUUCCUCAUGAGCAUCGCUUUCCUGGACCCAGGAAACAUCGAGUCAGACCUACAGGCUGGCGCCGUGGCUGGAUUCAAACUGCUCUGGGUGCUGCUGUGGGCCACGGUGUUGGGCUUGCUCUGCCAGCGACUUGCUGCCCGGCUGGGCGUGGUGACGGGCAAAGACUUGGGUGAGGUCUGCCAUCUCUACUACUCUAAGGUGCCCCGCAUUCUCCUCUGGCUAACCAUAGAGCUAGCCAUUGUUGGCUCGGACAUGCAAGAGGUCAUCGGCACAGCUAUAGCAUUCAGUCUGCUCUCGGCUGGACGAAUCCCUCUCUGGGGUGGUGUCCUCAUCACCAUCGUGGACACUUUCUUCUUCCUCUUCCUGGAUAACUACGGGUUGCGGAAGCUGGAAGCCUUUUUUGGAUUCCUUAUUACCAUUAUGGCCUUGACCUUCGGCUAUGAGUACGUGGUGGCACGCCCCGCUCAGGGACCGCUUCUUCGAGGCCUGCUCCUGCCGUCGUGCCCGGGCUGCGGCCAGCCAGAGCUGCUGCAGGCCGUGGGCAUCGUUGGUGCCAUCAUCAUGCCCCACAACAUCUACCUGCACUCAGCCCUGGUCAAGUCUCGAGAGAUAGACCGGACCCAAAGGGCUGACAUCCAAGAAGCCAACAUGUACUUCCUGAUCGAGGCCACCAUUGCCCUGUCAGUCUCCUUCUUCAUCAACCUCUUUGUUGUGGCUGUCUUUGGGCAGGCCUUCUACCAGCAAACCAACCAGGCUGCGUUCAACGUCUGUGCCAACAGCAGCCUCCACGACUACGCCAAGAUCUUCCCCAAGAACAACCACACAGUGGACGUGGACAUUUACCAAGGAGGCGUGAUGCUGGGCUGCGUCUUUGGCCCCGCAGCCCUUUACAUCUGGGCAGUGGGCCUCCUGGCGGCGGGGCAGAGCUCCACCAUGACUGGCACCUACGCGGGACAGUUUGUGAUGGAGGGUUUCCUGAAGCUGAGGUGGCCACGCUUCGCCCGAGUCCUCCUCACUCGCUCCUGUGCCAUCCUGCCCACUGUGCUCGUGGCCCUCUUCAGGGACCUGAGAGACCUGUCAGGACUCAACGACCUGCUCAAUGUGCUGCAGAGCCUGCUGCUUCCCUUUGCUGUGCUGCCCAUCUUCACGUUCACCAGCAUGCCCACGCUCAUGCAGGAGUUUGCCAAUGGCUGGCUAAGCAAGGCCAUCACUUCCUCAAUCAUGGCACUGGUCUGUGCCAUCAACCUCUACUUCGUGGUCAGCUACCUGCCCAGCCUCCCCCACCCUGCCUACUUUGGGCUUGUAGCCCUGCUGGCUGCAGCCUACCUGGGCCUCACCACCUACCUGGUCUGGACCUGUUUCAUUGCCCACGGAGCCACCCUGCUGACUCACAGUUCCCACCAACACUUCUUGUAUGGGCUUCCUGAAGUGGAGCAGGAGGAGGAGCCCUCUUUAUGA